UGCCAUAGCGUUUUCACAAAAUCAAAGCGAAGCAUCGACUUCGCGUUCGUCUCCCGAAAGAGAACAAAAGGGAAAACGAAAGAACAACAAGAAACCAAAACUUGUAGACAUUUUUUUCUGGAUACAAGCAAUAGAAGACAGCCGCCAUUUACCUACGGCGAACGAAAAAAAUAUUGUUGUACGUUUACUCGGUGUUGAGUGUAUCGUUUGUUGGUUUAACUAAUUUUUUACAGAUUCCUGAAAAUUGCUUAAAAGUAUUUUGGACAAACGGAUUCUCGAUAAAUUGUGCAAAUCAAAUACAGUGUGUAUACGAAAAAGAAGACUGUUUCGUAUAAUUUGAUAAUAAAUGUGAAGUAGACAUUUUUCUUUAUUCUAAUCCGCGAGCGCUGCUGUUAAAAGUGUGUGUUUUUUCAACAACAAAGAGUUUUUUCCAACCAUACAUUGCAGAAGAAAAUUCACUAAUCUCUACCGAACAUAAACGUAGAACAAGGUUUCAAAAUGGAAGACCCGAAUCGUAUGAUGGCUCAUGCCGGCAUGAUGGCACCGCAAAACUACGGAAUGCCAAAUCCAAAUGAUGGAUCACAAGGUGGUGAGAAUGAAAAUCAUGGCCGUAAGCAAGACAUUGGUGAAAUUCUGCAACAAAUCAUGAACAUAACCGAGCAAUCAUUGGACGAAGCGCAGGCUCGGAAGCAUACUUUGAACUGUCACCGAAUGAAGCAGGCUCUAUUUGUUGUGCUAUGUGAAGUGAAAGAUAAAGCUGUAUUGUCGCUCCGCAAUACACAAGAAGAGGAGCCACCUGAUCCACAGAUUCUGCGUUUGGACAAUAUGUUGAUCGCCGAGGGAGUAGCUGGGCCUGAAAAGGGUGGUGGUGCAAAUGCUGCCGCUUCAGCAGCAGCAGCGAGUCAAGGAUCAUCCUUGUCAUUGGAUGGUGCUGAUAAUGCUAUCGAGCACUCCGAUUAUCGUGCUAAAUUGGCACAAAUUCGACUGAUCUAUCAUCAGGAAUUGGAAAAGUACGAGCAAGCGUGCAAUGAGUUUACUACCCAUGUUAUGAAUUUACUUCGUGAACAAAGUCGUACCAGACCAAUUACUCCGAAAGAAAUCGAGCGUAUGGUGCAGAUCAUCCACAAGAAAUUCGGUUCCAUUCAAAUGCAGCUCAAACAAUCAACUUGUGAAGCCGUCAUGAUACUACGCUCACGAUUUUUGGAUGCCCGACGAAAACGGCGUAACUUCAGCAAACAAGCAUCUGAAAUUCUCAACGAGUAUUUCUACAGUCACUUAAGCAAUCCAUAUCCUUCCGAAGAAGCCAAAGAAGAUCUGGCACGCAAAUGUGGUAUUACGGUUUCGCAAGUAUCAAAUUGGUUUGGUAACAAGCGAAUUCGCUACAAAAAAAAUAUUGGCAAAGCUCAGGAAGAAGCGAAUUUAUAUGCUGCAAAAAAGGCAGCAGGUGCAUCACCAUAUUCAAUGGGUGGGCCACCGAGUGGUGCAGCUACUCCAAUGAUGUCUCCAGCUCCAACACAAGAUUCAAUGGGCUAUUCACUGAGCUCAGGGUACGAUCCGCAGCAAGCGUACGAUGGAAGCAUGGGAUAUGAUCCAAGUUUGCAUCAGGAUCUCAGUCCAUGAGGAUACUGAACGACGAUAUUCAAUUCAGCCAAGCAUGCACAAAACGCGCUCUAUCAAUAAGUUGAAACAUAGCCACUGAUCAGAAAAGAAACGAACGCACUUAUUAAAAAAGUAUCAACCAACAAACCGGCAGUGAGAUAAUAAUGUUGAAAGCAACAACUAUUUACGACGCUAUGCCUUCUUACGUCAACGCCAACUGGUGCAAGAACAAGUACUACAAGCACAACGUACGUCAAAUUCAAAAGCUUAUAUACAAAUAUAUACAUGUGUCAAUUGCUUAUUGAGCGGUUUUCUGUUCUCAAGAAAUAUUUUGAGUUAAUUUUUAUUAAAAAGCGCAAA